AUGCUUUUCAACAUUCAUUCUUUGGCGUGGGAUAAAGAGCUCUGUGAGUUUUUUGAAAUUCCAAUGGAAAUUCUUCCAGAUGCCCGGAGUUCUUCUGAGAUCUAUGGUCUCAUGAAAGCUGGGUCCUUGGAAGGUGUGCCAAUAUCUGGUUGUUUGGGGGACCAGUCGGCUGCACUGGUGGGGCAGAUGUGCUUCCGGGAUGGCCAAGCCAAAAACACCUACGGAACAGGAUGUUUCUUACUGUGUAACACGGGCCGUAAGUGUGUGUUUUCUGAACAUGGCCUUCUGACCACAGUGGCUUACAAGCUUGGCAGAGACAAACCAGUGUACUAUGCAUUAGAAGGUUCUGUAGCUAUAGCUGGUGCUGUUAUUCAAUGGCUAAAAGACAAUCUUGGAAUCAUUAAGUGCUCAGAAGAAAUUGAACAACUUGCUAAAGAAGUAGGUACAUCUUGUGGCUGCUACUUAGUCCCAGCAUUUUCAGGGUUAUAUGCACCGUAUUGGGAGCCCAGUGCAAGAGGGAUAAUCUGUGGACUCACCCAGUUCACCAACAAAUGCCAUAUUGCGUUUGCUGCAUUAGAAGCCGUUUGUUUCCAAACCCGAGAGAUUCUGGAUGCCAUGAAUCGCGACUGUGGAAUUCCACUCAGUCACUUGCAGGUCGAUGGAGGAAUGACCAGCAACAAAAUUCUGAUGCAGCUACAGGCAGACAUUCUGUCUAUUCCAGUAGUCAAGCCCUCCAUGCCCGAAACAACUGCCCUGGGAGUGGCCAUGGCAGCAGGGGCUGCAGAAGGAGUCGGUGUUUGGAGUCUUGAACCCGAGGAUUUAUCAGCUGUAACGACUGAGAGGUUUGAACCUCAGAUCAAUGCUGAGGAAAGUGAAGUUCAUUAUUCUAUGUGGAAGAAGGCAGUGAUUAAAUCAAUGGGUUGGGUUACAAUGCAGUCGCCAGCAUGUGGUGACCCUAAUAUUUUCUGUAGUCUGCCCUUGAGUUUUUUUAUACUGACUAGCAUGGUAAUGUUAAUUGGAGCAAGGUACAUCGCAGGUAUCCUAUAA